GCGCGGGCGCGCUUGCGCAGUGUGCGGGCGGGCCGUCGUGGGCGCCGUCCGGACAGCUCCGCGCCUGUGGGAGCCGGAGCCGCGGCGGCGCGGGUGCUCCGGGCCGAGGCCCCGUGUAAUGUUCCAGCACAGAGAUGCCUUAUGUGGAUCGUCAGAACCGCAUCUGUGGUUUCCUCGACAUCGAAGAAAAUGAAAACAGCGGCAAGUUUCUCCGAAGGUACUUCAUACUGGAUACCAGAGAAGAUAGUUUUGUGUGGUACAUGGAUAAUCCACAGAAUCUACCGUCUGGGUCAUCACGUGUUGGAGCCAUUAAGCUUACCUACAUUUCAAAGGUUAGCGAUGCAACCAAGCUAAGGCCAAAGGCUGAGUUCUGUUUUGUUAUGAAUGCAGGAAUGAGGAAAUACUUCCUACAAGCCAAUGAUCAACAGGACCUAGUGGAAUGGGUAAAUGUGUUGAACAAAGCUAUAAAAAUUACAGUACCAAAGCAGUCAGACGCACAGCCCAGCUCUGACACCCAGAGUUGCCAGGGCGAGUGUGGGAGGAAGCUGGUGUCUUACAGGACGGAUAUUGUUGGUGGUGUUCCCAUUAUCACGCCAACUCAGAAAGAAGCAAACGAAUGUGGCGAAAGUGUUGACAGGAAUAAUUUGAAACGGUCACAAAGCCAUGUUCCGUACUUUACUCCUAAACCACACUCAGACAGUGCCAUAAUCAAAGCUGGGUAUUGUGUAAAACAAGGAGCAGUGAUGAAGAACUGGAAGAGAAGAUAUUUUCAGUUGGAUGAAAACACAAUAGGCUACUUCAAAUCUGAACUGGAAAAGGAACCUCUGCGUGUGAUACCGCUUAAAGAUGUUCAUAAGGUCCAGGAAUGCAAGCAAAGUGACAUAAUGAUGAGGGAUAACCUCUUCGAAAUUGUAACAACAUCGCGAACUUUCUAUGUGCAGGCCGACAGUCCCGAGGAGAUGCACAGCUGGAUCAAGGCGGUCUCCGGGGCCAUCGUGGCCCAGCGUGGGCCCGGCAGAUCGGCCACUGCUGAGCAUCCCACCUGUCCCACAGAAGCCAAACACACUCUCCGUGCCGCCAGGGCAGCCGCCUCACAUUCCGCAGCCUCCCGCAGCAACUCCCUGGCCUCAAGCUUUGCCCUGGAGAAGCGGGGAUUUCACGAGUCUCUUGCCAAGGUCAAGCCAGGGAGCUUCAAGAUCCAGACUCUCUCUGCAAGAGAGCCAGCUUCCAAAGUAGCUGAGCGAGCUCUGCUGAAACCUCAGAGUAAGAAUGGUCCUCAGGAAAAGGAUUGUGACCCGCUGGACUUGGAUGACGCAAGCCUUCCUGUCAGUGACGUGUGAGGUGCGAGCAGCGGGCCGGCCUGCCUCCGCCGUGCCCACCUCCUUUGGUGAGACUUCUAGCCAAAGAUGACAGAGGCCCAGGUGGCUGCCCAGGCGUGGGCUCCACUGCCUCUGAGGGGUAUUCUUUAUGAGCUGGCGAACCAAGAAUCUAGCGAAUGGCCAAAUGAAAUAGAAUUUCUUUAAGGAAGGAAAAAAAAAAAAAAACCCAACCCUAAAUGUUCCAUUUCCGCUGUCUAGAGCUUGGUGUGUUAUAUGGGUGGUAAAAACAUGUGUGUGAUAAUCCUGUCUGCAUGGUGACUUUGAGUUUAAAUUGUAACAUCUUUAAGACGUUUAAAGUACUUACUAAUUAUUAGGGUCACUUUUUAAAAUGCUACUAUAACUUCCUUUCAAAGUUCAGUAUUUACAGAUUCUUAUUGGUUAAUAAUUACCAAAUCAAAUGUUGCCAGACUAAGAUACCUAAACUCAUGCUGUUUGUGGUGCUGUCACAUUUAUACUACAUUAUGUGGACUCUUUUGAAUUUACGUCCAUUUUUGAUGCCCUCAGUGUCAAGGUGAGUGGUGAGUUUUUGCAUAGAAGAUCUUGUCGAGCCGUCAGUCAGCGUUAGGAGCCGCGCGGGGUGCAAGGAAGGGAGACUGUGAGUUCAGACAUCAGCCACACAGACCUGUGUCUGAAGAAGGGUCGGCAGGACGCACAGGAGGCAGUGCUGCGUUCAGUAAAAAUUAUCCAGACGGAAAUUGAGGGAGAUCUGAUUUUCUUAUCAGAGUUUUGUAAAUAGUUUUUAUUUCUAUAUUUGGAUCAAUAAAAGACCUCAAAUUUGUAUGUAAAGACAUAACUGCCCUGGGACGUGAAUUGCUACAGCCUCUACUUUUUGUCUCUAAUAGCUAUAUUCAAGUGCCUGAGUUUUCUCAACUUGUUUAGGAAUGAUUUGAGAUGAAUCUGCUCAGAAGUCCUACGUGAUUGGCUUUAAACAUUGGAGUACAAUUCAUUUCCAGUAGCAUAAUGUAUUCAAUAAAAGUAGCAUUUUAUAUUACAGAUGCCAGAAAGCUGGUCUCUUACUACCUGUGCAAUAUGUGUGUUUUAAGGAGCAAAUUUGAAUAUACAUGUAGUCAUGGGAAUAUCAUAAAUACAAGCACGUCUCCUAAGAAUCUCUAGUUUUAGGAGUUGAGUUGUAGACCAGUUGGAGCAAAUACUGUGUGUGAUUUAGUCUUAAGGAUUUGCUUUAAGAAAACUCUUGAAAUCCACAUGCUGCUAUUUUUAUAAUUUUUUUUUUGCCUUUUUACAGUACUGUUUUGUUUUGAAUUCCUACAUGUCGGUAGUUUCUCCUUUUCAUUUUCUAAGAUGACUUGUCGGAGAGAUAAAAGAGAAUUUCUCUCCUGCAGUUGUGGGGGUUCAGAGAUUAAGAUAUGUUAAACUAGAAGUGCAUAAUUUCAGUUUAAAAAUCCAUAGGCAUAAGAAGGCACCACUGAACUUUUUUAUUCAUAAGCUAAUGUUUUUUAAAGUUAUGUAGAUUUUUUUGUUAUGCAGCUAUAUUUGAAAAUGACAGAAUGAAGAGAUUUUAAGUAGUUACCACUUUUUUUUGUUCAUUCCUGAUGUAUCGACUUCUUUGGAAGUUCCUUUGCCUUGAUGUGGAGAGACGCUGCGUAGACACUUCGCAGAACUCAGCAGCUUGAUCCAGCUUUUUUGGUACAGCUUCCACAUUGCCUGUUCAUUUUUUUUGGUGUUGGUAAUUUGAUAUAUUUCAUGGUGACAAAAUAUGAACUCUAUUUUGAGACUUUUGAUAGAACUCCCCUUAUUCAAUAGCAUAGGAAAAUGUUCUGAUUGUCAGGGUCCCCUUAUAUUUAUCUUAAUUCUUUUAUAAGUCUAUGGAAAUUAUUUAAUUAUUUUGAAACUUACACUUUUCUUGUAAAUAUUUCACCUCUGAAAUGUCGAAGAAAUCACUUUGAAUUCUUUAAUAUUUGCUGCAAUGUUUUUCUGUACAUGUAACGUGUCUUUCACAGUGGGAACGGCUGCCUCUUAGUGUUUAAUGUUGGUUGCGUGUGUCCUCUUUAUGUUAAACUGGUUCAACACUGUAAUGACUUGAGAAUAAACUGCUCAGAAUUCUU